ACUUGUGGUUACAAAUCGUACGCUAAGUUUUUACAGCUGACCCACGAGAAUGGCGCGAAACGAGGAGAAACAUUUCGGCAAGUUGAAUCGUCUCAUUCUGCAGAAACAGAGAGAAGAAGAGAGACAGAGGAACCCACCAAGGCCUAAACUGGGAUCCCUUCACACAGCUGCUGAAGUUAAACGAUGGAUUCCCAGCAUUCAGAAGGAGAUCGACUUCAACCUGAAGCAAUGUGCAGUUCCGCACUAUCCCGAGAAGAAGAUUGCAGAGUUUCAAGCAGAGGUGGACAGACUCCACUUCGAGUACAAACGGUUCGUACGCCGUCUCAAGGAGCUGGAUCCCGGCUGUAAGGAAAUACCAUGGCAACCGCGGGCGUACAGCAAGAAAAGGGAGAGAGAAGAAGAUGUGACCCUCCCCAGUUUUAAGAAGAUUCACACGCCUGUACUUGAAGCCGAGUCAUCUCAUCCUUCAUCCUCACUUGCUGAAAAUACCACUGAAUUCUUUGAGGAACCUUCAUCCAACACCACGUCUUGUUAUGCAGAAAAUAGGGUCAAGAAUUACAGGCAUGAAGAGAGCAGUGACACAAUGCCACCUUGCAGUUCGUCUAUAGAACUGCAGGACAAGCCACUGGACUUCAAAACUGUGCCGAGAUUUGGUUUCAAACCUGACGCUUGUAGCUGGGAGGCAAAAGACGACAUGUCUUCUACACUUAAGAAAUGUUUAUCUGCCCUACCAAAUUUAUCUACUACGAGUCAAGACAGCUACAAGAAGAAUAGACUUAAUUAUUCUGAAAGAAGGCAAGAAGCAGGGAUGGACACCUCGUUGAAGGAUUCUAAUUUGAGAAGACAAAGAAAUGUCUUAGGACUUGAUUAUGAAUCAGAUUCAUCAUCAGAUGAGAUGUAAAGAUUUUAUUAUACAACUUUAUUUCAUCAAGACUGCAAAUAGGUUUUUAACAUUUUCAUGAGUAGUUUCAUCAUGUUCGUAUUAAAGUCACUACAUAACGAUUCUUUGUAUACAAAAAAUGUUUUAUGUACACCAUUUUGGUGACCUUCUGUCACCUUCGUCUCAGUAAUUGUGAUUGGUUCACAUUGCACUUUAGUUUCGUUGUUGUUAAGCUUACAGAUGCCAAACGUAAACUUACAUUGAUACACGUUAGCUCACUUUUUCCCGCGGGGUAACCUAUAUCCGUUUUGUUGCUAAGUAGGGUAUCCAGAGAUAUCAAGUCAAUAAAAGUUAGUUUCAAAUUGUACUAUUUUCAAAACAUUUCCAUUUGAAACCAUGAUCUGUCGACUUGAUUUCCCUAAAUACACUU